UUGUAGAUAGAAGGAUGAUGAAGUUUGUGGUCCUCGCUGUUCUCGUCGCUGGAGCCUACGGUUGUGGGCUGCCCACCUUCACCCCUGUGGUGACGAGGGUGGUGGGAGGAGUGGAUGCCAGAGCUAACAGCUGGCCCUGGCAGAUCUCUCUGCAAUACACCAGGAAUGGCAACUGGUACCACACCUGUGGAGGAACCCUCAUCUCUGACUCCUGGGUCCUGACUGCUGCCCACUGCAUCAGCAGCAGCAACACCUACCGCGUGGGUCUGGGGAAGCACGACCUGACCGUGGACGAGGCCAACGCCCAGUUCAUCAACGCAGGACAGAUCAUUGUGCACGAGACGUGGAACCCCUUCUUCAUUCGUAAUGAUAUUGCCCUGAUCAAGCUGGAGACGCCCGUCACCGUCUCUGACUCCGUCAUGCCCGCCUGUCUGCCCGAGGCUGGGUACAUUCUGCCCCACAAUGCACCUUGCUACGUCACCGGCUGGGGACGCGUCUACACCGGCGGUCCCAUUGCUGAUAUCCUGCAGCAGGCUCUGCUCCCCGUGGUGGACUACGCCACCUGCUCCAAGUACGACUGGUGGGGCUCCCAGGUCAAGGACACCAUGGUGUGUGCAGGAGGAGAUGGUGUUGUGUCCGGCUGCAAUGGUGACUCCGGCGGCCCCCUGAACUGUCAGAACGCUAACGGCGCAUGGGAGGUGCACGGAAUCGUCAGCUUCGGAUCCGGAAUCAGCUGCAACCUCGCCAAGAAGCCCACCGUCUUCACCCAAGUCAGCUCCUACAUGGACUGGAUCAGCGCCCAAAUGGUGUACUACUGAACAGGAGUCGCUUCUGGACCAGAACCAUCAGCAUGUUCUAGGAACAGGCUGAAAUAAAGCUGCAGUUCAACUCAA